GCUGGUCUUCUUAUUCUUCCUUUGCUUCUCUGUGUUCGAGGAGUCAAAGGAGCCUCCGAUUCGAUCUUUCCAGCAUAAAAUUUAGUUUCGAUUCGAGUUUAAGAGCAAUUGCUGUCGGAGAUCGAUUUCCAAAUAUCCGGAGUUCCUUCGUCCCUUGUUUUUCGCACUCUUUAGUGCACCAAUUGGCUACAGAGCGCAUUUACUGCUACCACUUUUGUGCAGAGUGCGCGGGGCUUCAAGUGAACCCUGGAGAAAUCGAUUCUCAGCCGGCUCGGAGACUUGUUACUCGAUUGAUAGGUCCUUUGAAAGGCCCCAAAGGAAUUGGGUUGUCCGCAUCGGAGGCAGGAUCGAUUGAGAAAGCAAGAGGAAGUAAUUUGAGGACACAGAGCGUGAAAACUCAUAGAUAGACAGCGGCAGAGCCAAUUGUCAAGUCAGAGGUUUAGCAAGGCCGCUGUGGCAUACUUUGCAGACGAUUUUGCUCUGUAGGCUGGAUGCUUGAGAGUGCUUGUUUUCAUGAGGUGAAGCUUUUGUAUUGUCGGGUUUCCGGAGGUCCGUUGCGACGGGGCAGAAGCUGAACUUAGUAAAUAGAAGUAUAGGUUCGGAUUACAAAAAUUGAGUAGUGAAAGAAAGGGGUACCGCGCUUAGAGAAAAGUUGAAAAAAGGGCUGGCAAAAUGUUUGGCGGCAUGGAUCCAGAGAUGAUGAGGUUAGCUCAAGAGCAAAUGAGCAGGAUGAAGCCGGAAGAUCUGCUUAAGAUGCAACUGCAGAUGAUGAACAAUCCCGAGUUACUACGAAUGGCAUCCGAGGGAAUGAAAAACAUCAGGCCACAGGAUCUUCGUAUGGCAGCAGAGCAGAUGAAAAAUGUUCCUCCUGAACAGAUAGCCGACAUUAGUUCUCGUAUGGCGAAUGCUUCUCCCGAGGAGAUAGCGGCUAUGAGGGCACGUACUGAAGCUCAACGUUCAUACGAAUAUCAAGGAGCAUUAAACCUAAAAAGACAGGGUAAUUGGCUUCAUGGAUCCGGAAAAUAUACUGAAGCUGCAGAGAAGUAUUUGCGGGCAAAAAACAAUCUUACAGGAAUUUUCAUGCCAGAAGCUCAGAGCUUGCAGCUUCAAUGUUCGCUCAACCUUAUGUCGUGCUAUCUAAAGACGAAACAGUAUCAGGAGGUCAUUGAUGAGGGCACAGAGAUUUUGAAGGGCGAUGCUCGAAAUUUGAAGGCUCUUUAUCGUAGAGGUCAAGCUUACAAGGAGUUGGGAAAUUUGAAGUUGGCUGUCACAGAUCUGCGAACUGCCGCUCAACUUUCGCCUGAUGAUGAGACAAUCGCAGAAGUCCUAAGACAAGCACGAGAAGACCUGGAGAAGGAGGGAGGGCAAGAAGAGAUACUCACAGAUGGUCCUAUCAUUGAGGAAAUCACGGAAGACGAGGCUGAAAUGUUUUCGUCAAGUACGCAAGAUAGUUCAAGGUCCUUCCCGACCAGUGAUAGAAAUGCCGAGCACUCAUCGACAGGUGCCAAUGGGAGGCUUCCAGUUCCAAACGAACAUGUCAUGGGAGAGAGUUUGAACACGAUUGCUCAAAAUCCGGAAAUGUUAAGGAGUAUGCAGUCUAUGAUGUCGACUUUAGAUCCUGAAUCUAUUGCUGCAAUGAGUGGAGGUGGUAUGACCCCGGACAUGGCCAAGAUGGCAGCAGAUAUGAUGAAAAACAUGUCACCGGAUGAUCUAGAGAGAAUGGUAGGUUUGGCUAGUCAGUUUCAAGCCCCGAAUGGAGGACCUACUAGAACGGAGUCUACUGGUGGAACGAGACAGUCGAAUACCACCCCAUCUUCAACUAGUUCAAGUUCACCUGCUUCUGGAUUGGUCACAGGGAAUGUGACCAGCACUUCCAUGAAUCACCGAUCAGGUGGAACGAGUCCUGGUGCUGGCAUGCCGAGCAUGGCUGACUUCAGCCCUGAAAUGCAAGAACAAAUGCGGAAUCAAAUGAAGGACCCAGCGAUGAAGCAGAUGAUGGCGUCCAUGGUGAAAAGUAUGUCUCCUGAAACCAUGGCAAGUAUGAGUCAGCAAAUGGGGAUUAAGCUUUCACCCGAGGAAGCAGCGCAGGCACAGCAAGCCAUGGCAAAUUUGAGUCCGGACGAUCUUGACAAAAUUAUGCGGUGGGCAGAACGAGCUCAAAAAGUCACUGAUAAAGCUAGAAAGGCUAAAGAUUGGAUGUUGGGGAAGCCCGGUCUCGUAUUAGCCAUUGUGAUGCUCCUCAUUGCUAUUUUUCUGCAUCGACUUGGUUACAUCGGCAGCUAGGCCGUUGACUUGUAUAUUAGUUGCCUCUACAGAAUCCCCGAUUGGUCAAGGCCCAUUAUUCUGCCUCAGAUAGCUUUUUCAAAGUGUUCGAGGUCAACCUCUAGAAGCCACAGGCAUUCUUAGCAGACAUAGUGAAAGUCUCCGCCGCUUCGUUCUCGGCCCAAGAAUCGCUCGCCAUCUGGAGGUAUCAUCACUUGGUUUUUUAGAAGAUCCAGGGUAGCACGUGUAAUCGAAACAUAUCUCAUGAAUUGAUGAGCAAUGUACCUUUCUGGAGGGUACUGACCAGAUAGGUGUCACUUAGCAUCAGUCGAGGUAUUUACGCUGUUCCAUCAGUGUUUGUCAGCUACUUGCAAUUAUAUAAUUGAUUGCUUGUGAUCUCAUAAAAAGCCGAUACCGAUAAUUCCAGGUUUUGGGGUCGCCGGUUCCAUCAAAAUGUACUUGGAUACCAACAACCCGGACAUUAAAGGUUAUGCACCGUGUUCAGUUCUUUGUACAUUGUCCAAUAGGGAGAAGAUAAAGUUUUUGAAACUAGGGCUUUCGGUCGAGACAGUAAAUAGGACGUUUUUUUUGUAUGGUUUCAGGAACUUGAUCAA